UCUACUUCUAUAUCACACUGUUUUCUCUGUGGUAGUCGGCUGUUAGGUGCAACAAGUUUCACAGGAGCCACGCAGUCUCCCGUAGCUCCUUGUGUUGUUUUUUUUUUUUCCGUGGAGCUGCUGUCGCUUCUGUAACGGCGCGCUCUGAUUGGUGACACGCGCCAAAUGCGGUUCGCUCCCAGUGGCAGCGCGUGCAGCAGUUUUAUCUACACUAAAUGAUCACCCCGGAGGCAAAGUGCGAGGCAAACAUGGAGAAAGAAGCCCAGAAGAGACGACAGUGUCACUCCACGGCGUUGGGACUCAUCUCGUCGCUGUUCUCCGUGGCUUCUGUCGCCUUAUGCGUCUUUUUGAGCUUAAACGCGGCGGAUAUCAGGAGCAGAGUGUUGGAUUUGGAGAGCGGGAAGCGGGAGAACACGUUUGGGUAUUCAGUGGAGGAUUUAAACUCGUUAAUUCAGCAAAGAGUGGACGAGCUUUUAUCCCAGCGCUCCUAUGAGAACUACGCGAAAAUACGCACGGCCAGACAGACCUCACCUGAAUGCAACUGUCCACCAGGACCUCCAGGAAAACGAGGAAGACGAGGCAGAGACGGCGAACCCGGACCUCCUGGUCCUCCGGGUCCAAGAGGUGAAAAGGGGGAUCAAGGUGACCAAGGACCGCGGAUGGUCUUCCCUAAGAUCAAUCAUGGCUUUCUUUCCGCUGAUCAGCAGCUCAUAAAGCGGCGGCUCAUUAAGGGAGAUCAGGGGCAGGCCGGACCACCAGGACCACCCGGCCCACCAGGGCCCCCGGGCCCCCGAGGGCCUCCAGGAGACACAGGCAAAGAUGGACCCCGAGGAGUUCCUGGUCUGCCAGGUGAUCCAGGACAUCCAGGAGAAUCCGGGCCUUCGGGACCAGAGGGGCCACCGGGACCUAAGGGUUCCUUUGGUCCUCCAGGUAUACCAGGUGUGGACGGGCAGAAGGGGGAUAUGGGCUUCCCAGGAGUGGACGGUAUCCCAGGAGCCAAGGGCGAAAUGGGAGAGCGCGGUCAAAAGGGCGACAUGGGCGAGGACGGACCAAAGGGAGAAACGGGGGAGAAGGGAGACGCCGGGUCCUCUGCCGCAGGAAUCAAGGGUGAACCUGGUGAACCCGGGCGAAGUGGAACGAAGGGAGAGCCAGGACUUCCAGGGCUGCCUGGACUCCCGGGAAUAAAGGGAGAACCCGGGUUUCUGGGUCCACAGGGAGAGCCAGGACUGCCAGGACUCCCAGGAACUAAGGGCGAGAGGGGCGAGCGGGGACUUCCAGGAAAAGGAGAACGGGGAGAAACCGGAGUCAUGGGACCUAAGGGUGUGCAAGGAGAAUCUGGAAUGCCUGGUCCUAAAGGGUCAAAGGGUGAAACUGGAGAUAAAGGCGACGUCGGAACAAUUGGACCUAAGGGUCCACCGGGGCAGAAGGGAGACCCGGGCGCCACCGAAAUCAUCGAUUAUAACGGAAACAUCCAGGAGGCUUUGCAGAAGAUUACCACUAUUACAGUGACGGGUCCUCCUGGCCCUCCCGGAGUAAUGGGACCACCGGGCAUGAAGGGCGAUCGUGGGAUGCCUGGGCUUCCUGGACUGGAUGGAGAAAGAGGCUACAAAGGUUCAAAAGGAGACAUGGGAAUGCCAGGAGCUUCAGGCGACAAGGGAGCAACAGGUCUGCCCGGUCUCCCUGGGGUGAAUGGAGUCAAAGGAGAUAAAGGAGACGCAGGUCUGCCAGGUCCACAAGGCCCUUCUAUCAUUGGACCUCCAGGGCCACCAGGACCACACGGAUCCCCUGGACCAAUGGGUCCUCAUGGCUUCCCCGGUCCAAAGGGCGAGGCAGGGUUGAAUGGGUUGAAGGGUAUUCGAGGGGAGACCGGUCACAAAGGGGAUCGUGGACCACUGGGUCUCCCUGGAGCCUCCGGCUUGGACGGCAAGCCCGGCAUUCGGGGUAUGGAUGGACCGGUGGGUCCAGCCGGGCCAGCUGGGCCCAAGGGCGACAGAGGUGAACGAGGUAUACCUGGUGAGCCUGGACCAAGGGGACCUUAUGGACUCCCUGGGGCGGCGGGACAGCCAGGCCAGGAUGGGGUUCCAGGAUUAAGGGGAGAGAAAGGCGACGUGGGGGAAAGAGGAGAGAAGGGUUUCCGGGGAUUUAAGGGUGAGAAGGGGGAACCAGGGCAGCCAGGUCUGGACGGGCUGGAUGCCCCGUGCCAAUUGGGCCCAGAUGGAUUACCAAUGCCUGGAUGCUGGCAAAAGGGAGUCACGCCAUGGCUGGUUGCCUGAAAACACCGAGAUUAAGUGAAAAAAAUGGAGGUUUCCGUGUGUUUAAUGGUGACACCUGCACGAGCGGUACACGCAGGUUUUACUCUUCACCGUCGAAAUUCUUGGUUUGGACUCUUUCCAACGAUGGGGAAGGCUGUCUCCGAACUCCAGGAGGACUUGGCAGGGUCUGAUCCAGCACGGAUUGGAAGGAAAACGCAUUAAGUUUUUUGUUUUUUUCUUGGAGAUGCGUUCAGGACCCCCUCCGAGCGUGGGAAAGGAGAGUGUUGGAGGCAUGAGUGGUCUUCUGGGAGACCAGCUGACUUCAAGUUCUACUGAGCUGAACAUAAUGCAAUCACUUUCUUUUUUCAUGUUUUAUUUUCUUGCUCUGAUUCUUAAGCAUUUUAUAAUUUGUGUAUUAUAGCCUUUGUGCCUCAAGCUUGUAUUCAUUCCUGUAUAAACAAUGUACAUUUCAUAUGAUUUUUCUCACAGAACAUUUUAGUUGGUAUAAGCAGAGGUGGGGACAUGCAAGUCGUGACUUGGACUCGACUUGAGUCACUGUUUGUUUUUUUUUUGAGACUUGAGACUUCACUUGAUAAAAUAGACGAAGACUUGGAUUUGAGCUGAUUGAAAGAUGAUUGAUUGAUUGAUUUUUUCACAUUUUUCUAAACAGUUGAUGUUUUUGGUGCUUAAUUUUGCAGGAAAAACUGGAACAUGUC